GUAAACUGCAGUUUACUGUCGCCAGAAUGGAAUGAGUUUGUCUUAAUCAGUUUAAGAUGGUUUCUUUUAUAUUCUUUGCUUUUAUUGGUUUUCCUUCCUCCUUUCCUUUUCAAAGUGAUGUUUUUUUCCAAAAAAUUGCACAGAAAGGGCUCAGAUUAAGUAGUGAAUAUGUAUUGAAAAACAUCUCUGCAACGUCUGCAGUCGAUUGUGGCUUCCAAUGUUUACAUGAAGAAUGUUGUGGAUCAAUCACCUACCACGAACAAACGUUAUACAAGGGGAAUUGUCAGUUAAACAAAGUGCUUUUGAAUUCUUCCAGCACUUUAGUUCGAGAUGAAAAUGCUAGUUAUUACGAACUUAUUGAUGUUCACAAGACUUUAAAUCGCUGCUGCUUCAUCGAGUGUCAAAAUAAUGGACGUUGCGAUAAAAUGACUGAGACAUGUGUGUGUUUGGAUGGCUUAACGGGGAGUUUGUGUGAAAUAUCAAAUGAAAAUGACGAAAACGAUCUUCCCGAGUCGUGUUUAGAAAUUAAGAGUCGGAGCAACGAGUCCAGCUCUGGCAUGUACUGGAUCAAAUUAAAUAUAUCAGACGGAGCGAUGAUCAACAACAAAACCCAAGUUUACUGUGACAUGGAUACAUACGGAGGAGGCUGGACACUUGUCUAUUCUUACACCUUCACUAAUUACGACGACUUUUUUCAUGACAGCAAUGCUAUAAUCCCACGUCCAAACUGGCCAGCUCCCAUAGCUGAUGUUGAGAUCUCUGUCGUUGCUCCACAGAAUGAAACAACACUAGGGUCAAUGGAUUAUAAUCUUUGGCAACAGAUUGGAGAAGAAUUCUUAAUCAAAUCAAAUAUUAACGACUGGAUUGUUUGUAAACCGGAUGGUGGAAGCUUGGUUCGUGAUGUUGAUGGAGAUCUAUCAUGUAGAAAUAUAAAAAAUGUCGCUACCGCAUGUCAAGGAGUAGAACCAUAUGCUAUCUCCUGGGAAAGCGAUUGUGGGCCUCGUAUAUAUGCAUCCACCACGUUUUAUCGGUUUGAUGGAUCAGAAAAUUAUUGUUAUCCGUCACACGAUCCGUGCAACUCAGGAAGUACAGACAACCACAAGAGAAAUGUUCUUAACCCUGGUGGGAAAAUAUUUCUUCGGUGAAUAAUAAUUGACAAUAAUAACGUGGUACUGUGAAAGUACGAUCGAUAUUGCUUCAUUUGCAAUAAACCAUUGUCCUCGCAGUG